CUCCCUCCCCUGAGAAGACAAGAGUGUGUAGAGAAGCAGUAGCACUCGAUUUCUGCUCCUUUUAUAUCAACCAAGCUCUGUUUGGUUCCCCUGGACAAAUGUCCAAGACUUUACAGUCAGGCACCAUGGACCCCACCAAAAUGGGCGUGGGUCGCUCCAUUGCUGUGCUGACCUCGGGAGGCGAUGCCCAAGGUAUGAAUGCAGCUGUGAGGGCGACUGUCAGAGUUGGCCUUUACACUGGAGCUAGCGUCUAUUUUGUCCAUGAGGGCUACCAAGGACUGGUGGAUGGAGGAGAUAACAUCAAGCUGGCCACUUGGGAGAGUGUGUCCAUGAUGCUGCAGCUGGGUGGCACCGUGAUCGGCAGUGCCCGGUGCAAGGACUUCCAAACCAGGGAGGGCCGCAUGAAGGCCGCCGGCAACCUGGUGAAACUCGGCAUCACCAACCUGUGUGUGAUCGGAGGUGACGGCAGCCUCACCGGCGCCAACCAGUUCAGGACAGACUGGAGCGAACUGCUGGUCGACUUGGUAAAGGCUGGUAAGAUUAGCAAGGAUGAGGCGAGCAAAUCGUCCCACCUCAACAUCGUUGGCAUGGUGGGGUCCAUUGACAAUGACUUCUGCGGAACUGACAUGACCAUCGGUACGGACUCAGCCCUGCACCGCAUCAUCGAGGUGGUGGACGCCAUCACCACCACAGCACAGAGCCACCAGAGGACUUUUAUUCUGGAAGUGAUGGGCAGACACUGUGGCUACCUGGCCCUGGUCACAGCCCUAUCCUGCGGCGCCGACUGGGUGUUCAUCCCUGAGAUGCCCCCAGAUGAGGGCUGGGAGGAGCAUCUCUGCAGGAGGCUGGCAGACCAAAGGGGAAGAGGCUGUCGUCUGAACGUCAUCAUUGUGGCUGAGGGUGCCAUGACAAGAGCUGGAAAACCCAUCACUUCUGACCAGCUAAAGCAGCUUGUGACUGACAGGCUGGGCUUUGACACGCGAACCACCGUCCUUGGACAUGUGCAGAGAGGUGGAACGCCUUCUGCCUUUGACAGAAUCCUGGGCAGCAGGAUGGGAGUGGAGGCUGUGAUGGCUCUCCUGGAGGCCACCCCAGAGACCCCGGCCUGCGUGGUCAGCCUCUCAGGGAACCAGGCCGUCAGACUGCCCCUCAUGGAGUGUGUACAAGUGACUAAGGAUGUCACCGCAGCCAUGGCAGAGGGCAGAUUUGAGGACGCGAUCAAGCUGCGUGGAAAGAGCUUUGAGAACAACUGGAACACAUACAAGCUUCUUGCCCAUAUCAACCCGCCAGACGUAAAGAGCAACAUCAACGUGGCCGUCAUGAACAUCGGAGCGCCAUGCGCCGGCAUGAACUCUGCGGUGCGCUCGGCUGUAAGGAUCGGCAUGAUCCAGGGACACACCAUGCUGGCGGUGCACGACGGCUUCGACGGGCUUGCACACGGAAAUAUUGAGCCACUUUCAUGGACUAAUGUGAGCGGCUGGACCGGCAAGGGAGGGUCGAUGCUCGGCACUAAGAGAACAUUGCCAGGAAAGAUGUUGGAGGAGAUCAGCUUGAACAUCAACAAGUUCAAUAUCCACGCAAUGGUGAUCAUCGGUGGCUUUGAGGCCUUUGUGGGCGGCCUGGAGCUGGUCAAGGCCAGGGAGAAGUACGAGGAGCUGUGCAUUCCAAUGGUGGUCAUUCCUGCCACCGUCUCCAACAAUGUCCCCGGCUCUGACUUCAGCAUCGGCGCGGACACUGCUCUCAACACCAUCGUCGCUACCUGUGACAGGAUCAAGCAGUCUGCUGCUGGCACCAAGCGUCGAGUGUUCAUCAUAGAAACCAUGGGCGGCUACUGUGGCUACCUGGCCACCAUGGCCGGCAUGGCUUCUGGAGCAGACGCGGCCUAUAUCUAUGAAGAGAAAUUCAACAUUAAGGACCUGGAGCUGAACGUGGAGCAUCUUGUGCACAAGAUGAAGACAACGGUGAAGAGAGGGCUGAUUCUCAGGAAUGAGAACUCCAAUGCCCAUUACACCACAGACUUCAUCUUUAACCUGUAUUCAGAGGAAGGCAAGGGGGUCUUCGAUUGCCGCAAAAAUGUUUUGGGACAUAUGCAGCAGGGCGGAACCCCAACACCUUUUGAUAGAAACUUUGGCACAAAAAUGGGUGCCAAGUCUGUCCUAUGGCUGACUGAGAAACUGAAGACCUGCACUAGACACGGGCGCAUCUAUGCAAACACACCAGACUCUGCCUGUUUGCUGGGCAUGAGGAAAAGAGCGCUCUACUUCCAGCCCCUUGCCGAGCUGAAAGAGGAGACCGAUUUUGAGCAUCGCAUCCCCAAAACUCAGUGGUGGCUGAAGAUCAGGCCAAUCAUGAAGAUCCUGGCCAAGUACAACAUCGAACUGGACACAUCUGAGCAUGCCAACAUGGAGCACGUGAUCAAGAAGAUGGGUCACCUGUAGUAGUCUGCAGAAAAGUAGAACUUACAAGAGAAUCCUACUGAGGAUCCUCUGUUAAACAUUGUGAUCUCCAUUUGAACAAUGUGUAACAUAUCAACCAGCUCUUAUCUUAAAAUAAUUUGGAAAAAUCUGUAGUCAAUGGUGAUCAUUAGGUAUUUUGAUGUUAUCAAUUUAAUCACAUCCUAUAACUGAUAUUUUCUACAAAUAAAUAGUACUGUCCAGCACGUCACUCUCUGUUUAUAAGAAUUGCAAUGAGCCACACACUGCCAGUGAGAGUGGACAGAACACUGUUAUUACCCACCUACUAACUUGGAGGGCCUGAAUCUUACCCAUUGCGACUUUAAUGAGGAGACUUUCUGUCUAAGUUGGCUUCCUGCACCAUACCCCAUUUUAUGGCUCACAUUUUGUAUAUGGUUAUUUUUGUGCACUUCAAGAACCAUAUUAAACGUGUCACAAUAAUGACUAAGCAUAAUUUUUUAGGCUUUACUACUUUAUUAUUUACUUUUUUUAUAAGACUAAGCUGUCUUCCUAUUAUAUAUUGUGAACAUAUAUAUCUUCAACGUGUUGAAUAUAGCAGGAAAAACAUGUUCCCUACAGACCAUUUAAUGUGACAAUUGGUUGAUUUUAAGAGAAGAAAUAAUGUAAGGAUCAUUAUUUUAAAUGGAACCGCCAAAUAAUGACCUGCCAGCUGUUUUGUACCACAUACUGUACAUUCUCUCUUCCCUUACAAUCAUUUAGUAUCUCAAGGUGUCUUGAUAUAAAAAAUAUGUUAAACAUUUGCAUCUUAACUCAGCAUUCAAGAAUAUCACCAUUACACAUGCAGAACAUUAUAUUUUUUAAGGUUCUAAAUGUCUUCUGUACUCAGGACUUCUGUACCAGGUAAAUGAACUAGGGCAUAAAUAAAAACAUUUCAUUCAUUACAUUUGACAAAAACUUCAAUUUGAAAAGAUGAAUGUAAAAAUUAGACAGUAGAACUAGACCUUUUCCUUUACAUUUUGAAAUACAAUCUAUUUAUCUUAAUUGUAAAAGAUAGUGACCGUUUUGUCUGUAUUUGUUGAUAUAAUUACGGAUUUUUAAACCCAAUUUGUAUUGCAGCAUUUCAACAAAACUAUAGGAGUGUAGUCCCUCAUCCCCCUCAUCAUCCUAAUCUUCCAAGAAUUGGCAGUGUCAACAAUCGUCCACUUUACAAUUAGCAUGCACUCGGCCAAAACAAAGCAGACUAAAAGCCUUGAAUUAUUUCUCAGUAAAAAA